AUGAAUAUUAACGUGGAUGAAGUAGAAACAUUUCUGGAUAACAACUUUGAUUUUGCAAAGCAAUAUUUUGAGAGGAAAUUGAGGGGCAGGGUCUCGCAUGAAAUGGCAAACGAUCAUCAUCAACCUACUGAGGAUUUCACGGGUUUUGAAGGGUUGGGCCAGGAUGAGACGGAAACGCUGUUUGAACUGAUACAAGACAUGCAAGAGAGCGUCAACAUGGAGAAAGUGGUCUUCAAGACCUUGAGAAGAAUUAGCGCUCUUAUCCGUGCUGACUGCUGCAGCCUCUUCAUGUACAGGCAGCGAAACGGCACACCAGAGCUUGCUACACGUCUGUUCAACAUUCAUAAGGAGAGCACAGUGGAGGAAUGUUUGGUGCACCCUGACUGCGAGAUUGUUUUUCCUCUGGACAUGGGUGUGGUGGGCCACGUGGCACAGACAAAGAAGACUGUGAACAUCCCAAACGUUGAUGAGUGUCCCCGUUUCAGUAGUUUUGUGGAUGAAUUAACUGGCUACACCACGAGGAACAUCCUUGCAACCCCAAUCGUGAAUGGCAAAGAUGUGGUCGCUGUGAUCAUGGCGGUAAAUAAGACUGGCGGUCCUUUCUUCAGCAGUGCAGAUGAAAGUCUUUUCCUGAAAUAUCUCAGCUUUGCAGCUUUGAACCUGAAGAUUUAUCACCUGAGCUACCUGCACAAUUGUGAAACUCGAAGAGGUCAGGUUUUGCUUUGGUCGGCAAAUAAGGUAUUUGAGGAAUUGACAGACAUUGAGAGACAAUUCCACAAAGCAUUUUACACCGCGAGAGCCUAUUUGAACUGUGAUAGGUAUUCUGUAGGUCUCCUGGAUAUGAGCAGACAAAAGGAAUUCUUUGACUUGUGGCCAGUUCUAAUGGGAGAAGUUCCACCAUAUUCGGGACCUCGAACUCCAGAUGGCAGAGAAAUUGCCUUUUAUAAAGUAGUUGAUUACAUAUUGCAUGGAAAAGAAGAAAUUAAAGUUAUCCCAAAUCCUAAGGCAGAUCAUUGGGCAUUGGUUAGUGGGCUCCCAACAUAUGUGGCAGAAACUGGUUUUAUUUGCAACAUUAUGAAUGCAGCUUCAGAUGAAACAUUUACAUUUCAGGAUGGACCUGUUGAUGAAUCAGGAUGGAUCAUCAAAAAUGUUCUCUCCAUGCCAAUAGUCAACAAAAAAGAAGAAAUUGUCGGUGUUGCCACCUUUUACAACAGAAAAGAUGAGAAACCCUUUGAUGAACAGGAUGAGACAUUAAUGGAGUCUUUAACACAGUUUCUUGGAUGGUCUGUGCUCAAUACUGAUACUUAUGAUAAGAUGAACAAACUGGAGAACCGGAAGGAUAUUGCGCAAGAUAUGGUGCUCUACCAUGUGCAAUGUGAUAAGAAUGAAAUUCAAGCCAUCCUGCCAACGCGAGAAAAGCUUGGCAAAGAGGUGGCUGAAUGUAAGGAGGAAGAGUUGACAGCAGUUCUAAAAGAACAGCUUCCAGAUCCUGAAGAAUAUGAGAUCUAUGACUUCCACUUUUCUGAUAUCGAAUGGACUGAACUAGACCUUGUGAAAUGUGGCAUUCGAAUGUACUAUGAGCUUGGAGUAGUGAAGAAAUUCCAAAUCCCACAAGAGUUCUGAAGAAAGAGAACUAUGUUUCAGAAAAUUGUUGAUGAAUCCAAAACCUAUGACACCCCCAGAGAGUGGGUGGAAUAUUUAUCUCUGGAUGCAACACGAAAAGAGAUAAUAAUGGCUAUGAUGAUGACUGCCUGUGACUUAUCUGCUAUCACAAAACCCUGGGAAGUGCAGAGUAAGGUGGCACUACUUGUAGCAGCUGAAUUCUGGGAACAGGGGGACCUGGAAAUUUCGGUACUUCAGCAACAGCCUAUUCCUAUGAUGGACAGAAGGAAAGCAGCUGAGCUUCCAAAACUUCAGGUUGGCUUCAUUGACUUUGUGUGCACAUUUGUAUAUAAGGAAUUUUCACGCUUCCAUGCAGAAAUCCAGCCAAUGUAUGAACGACUGUUGAACAACAGAAAAGAAUGGAAAGCCCUGGCUGAUCUGUAUGAUGCAAAAAUGAAAGCUUUGGAAGAAGAGCAAAAGAAAGAAGAAGAGAAAACGAUUGACAGCAAAGGCGCAAUGACAAAUUGUAAUGGCGAAAGUGUUCCUUCAUCUACAACCUGUAGCAUAAUUUAAAAACACAGUCUGUCUUCAGGCUGCAGCACUGAGCUGAGUUUUCCUCAGAAGAUAUGUACAUAUGCAGGAGUCAAAUAGGGAAUACAAGACCUGCAUCAUGGGAAAUGCCAUUGAAGACCCUCUUGCACCACAGUUACUACUGCCCCUACUGAAUGAGUAUGUGCUGGAAGGUGCUGAUCAGAACUUGGCCAGCUGUUCUGAUAGAAUUCCUGAACUUGGUGGCCGUCCUCAUAGUCAUUCAAUAGGAAUACAUCCACUGCUCUGGGAUGCUGAAGUAAAAGGUCUAAGUCCAGAAUGAACUGCCCUGAAGCAGCCCACCUAUCUGAAGCACUAAAGGAGAUUCUGAAGGAUUUUUGUUUGUUUCUCUUGCAAAAUAUAGAUCUUUCCAUUUAUGGACAACUGGGGACCUAGAACUGUCCAGAGGAAAUAAAAUAGAAACUGAUUAAUGCAAUUUACUUUUAUGAGCUAAAAUAUCAAAUGUAUGAUAGGUGUAGACCUUUUAUUAGAUUGCUAUGGAUGUCCUUAUCCACCUUUUGAAGAAAUGUGGGACACUUCUCACUUCAUGGUG